AUGGCACAGGCUCGUACCUACGUAGAUAGCGCGACGUCUGAGCAGCUUGAGACGCGGCUGCAGCAGCUAUUACUAAAUUCCGGAUUUAGUGACGCUGCACUUCUCAUCGAAGCGAGUACGCACUUAAGCUCACGCUACCAAACAGCAGACGUAGUACGGCUCAUGCUCGAGAAGGCCAAAAGUUUAAGCUCGCUGGAAAAAGCGGCGCAGUUGUUCGGGGCAGCCGUGCGACUAGCUCAAGAGAUGGUGCCGAACUUUGAGCAGUUGUCGGCCGCUGCGGAUCGGCCAUGUUGGUCGCCAUCGGCAUUAAUUCAAGCCAUGAUCCGUGCACGUAAAUUUCGCGCGGCACUAAGGUCGGCCAAGCAAUUCGGAUUGCUUGACAUGUUUCCUGCUCCACAACUUGUAGCAGGCAUGUUGGAGACCAGAAGCUGGGAAGAGGCUGUCUCGAGCGUCAUGGAGAUGCAUCUGUUUAAAGAAUUUCCACUUGCGAGAUUGGCAGUGGAAAUGAUGCAGCAGCAACAAUGGUCGCAGGCGGUCAAAUGCAUAAACAAAUUGUCGGACAACGAUAACACGCGUACUAAGUUUUGCAAAGCGUUGCUAGAUCAAGGUAAUGGCGACGCAGCGCUGAGUCUUUUAAGGGACCUGGUUGAUGCUAUGAUUUUACAGAACGAGUUUUACAAGGCCAUCAAGUACGCGAUUAAAUUCAAUUUAUCUGACAAUCCACUAAACGAUACCAAUGUUCAUGCAAAUGGUCCGAAAAUGCCACCGAUGGACGAAAAAAACGUAGGGUAUUUACCGCAAUACAAUGUUGAACAUUUGAUUCGAAAAACCAUGAAAGCAGGACAACAUCACGUAGCACUAACGUAUAUAAGAAAAUUGCGUCUGCGCGAUAAAUUUGCGGAAGAGCUUGUGGAGAUCAAGAAGGUGCAACAGAUUCAGCUGCAAGAAUUUCGACAGUUUGCGCGCUUGCGGCUCGCUCAAUUACAAGAUCCAGCAUAUCAAGAAAAUUUGUGUAUUUUGUUGAGCGACUUUGCAGAGGAUGAAAUGACUGAGCUUGAUCCAAUCGAGAAAGAAAUUGUUCUUUUUGAGGAAAAGGUUAUUCCGCGCAAGGUAAAAGAUCGACAAGUCGGUAUGACAGACAAAUUGGGAGGCAAAGAGAGCGUGAUGAAGAAGAAUGCAUUUUUUCUCGAGAACAAUGAAUUUGUCGACAAACAGCAGCAGUUUGCAAAUCCAGCGGAGGCUGCUAGUCAGUCACGCUUUGGCUUCGCUCGAUCCCCGUCGUUCCAGUCGCCGAUUUUAGCUGUAGAUGCAGCUAACACGGAUACCCAGUUUUGCAGCCGAUUAGAGCCACCGAGUAGAGUGUCCCUAAUCCCCAGUAUUAUCAGCCUAGAUACAGAGCCGUCCCCGGUCAACACCCAAGAUUGCGCCGAUUACUUCAACUUUGACAGUUUUGCGAGGUCGGUGUCGCUCAGCGGACCACCUCCAUCUCAUCGCUCCCUAAAUACAUGCUCUCUGCCACCCCAGCCGCCGCAACAACAGCCAGUUUUGUCUCAGCACCAACAGAAUGGCCCAAAAGUUUCUAAGCAUUCGAUGCCUUCAGUUCUGAACUGUCAAUUCGCUGGAGGACCCUCAGGAUAUAAUUUAAUGCCACCAAUGAUGAUACAGCAAAUGCCAACUUACUGUUCACAAGGAGGUAAUCUACCAGAAGGCGUGCAGCUUUGCGAAAACUUGCAAUCCACACUUAUUGCUCAGCCAAAUGGUGGAGGUUCACUUGAUGUCGCCUCGCUCGCAAUGCAAUUCCACAUAUCCGGCAACAGUAAUACCUCGCCAAAUUUCGGCCCACGCUCUUUUAUGAACUCUUCGCCACCGAGUGGCUGCCAAGAGUUAUCAGGGAUUAAACUUCAAAUGCCUCCUCGACCGCCACAAUCUAAUUUCAAACCGAGCAUGUCGUACACUUCGGUCACUACGACACGCCAAAAGAAUUAA